UCCCCUCUCUAAAAUGCACUGCUACCUCCUGAGCGUCUGCCUCGUCCUGGAUCUUGCCACGGUGGCCUUCGCCUUGUCUACCUGCAGCACCCUCGACAUGGAUCAGUUUAUGCGCAAGAGGAUCGAGGCGAUCCGGGGGCAGAUCCUGAGCAAACUGAAACUCACCAGCCCUCCGGAAGAGUUCCCGGAGCCCGAGGAGGUUCCCCCGGAGGUCAUUUCGAUCUACAACAGCACAAGGGACCUGCUGCAGGAGAAAGCGAACCACCGGGCGGCCACUUGCGAGAAGGAGCGGAGCGACGAGGAAUAUUACGCCAAGGAGGUUUACAAGAUCGACCUGCCUUUUUUCCAUUCGGAAAACAAGAUUCCACAAAAAUCACCUCAACCCAGCGCCUAUUUUAAGCGAGUGAGAUUUGACGUCUCAGCAAUGGAGAAAAAUGCUUCCAACCUCGUGAAGGCAGAGUUUAGAGUCUUUCGCUUGCAGAAUCCAAAGGCUCGAGUAUCAGAACAGCGGAUAGAAUUGUAUCAGAUUCUCAAAAGCAAAGACCUUACAUCGCCAAUGCAACGUUACAUUGAUAGCAAAGUAGUUAAAACAAGAGCCGAAGGUGAAUGGCUAUCUUUUGAUGUAACUGACGCUGUACAUGAAUGGCUCCAUCAUAGAGACAGGAACCUGGGAUUUAAGAUAAGUUUACAUUGUCCAUGCUGCACGUUCGUGCCUUCGAAUAAUUAUAUCAUCCCAAACCAAAGUGAAGUGCUAGAAGCAAGUUUUGCAGGUCUUGAGGACUACCACAAUGCUGAGAAAACUUUAAAGUCCAAUAGGAAAAAAUACAGUGGGAAGACCCCACAUCUUCUGCUAAUGUUGUUACCCUCCUACAGACUUGAGUCGCAACAGUCCAGUCGACGGAAGAAGCGUGCUCUAGAUGCUGCCUAUUGUUUUAGGAAUGUGCAGGAUAACUGCUGCCUGCGACCGUUUUAUAUUGACUUCAAGAGGGAUCUUGGAUGGAAAUGGAUACAUGAACCUAAAGGAUACCAUGCAAAUUUCUGUGCAGGAGCUUGCCCUUAUUUAUGGAGCUCAGAUACUCAACACAGUCGAGUACUCAGCUUGUAUAACACCAUAAACCCAGAAGCAUCUGCCUCUCCGUGCUGUGUAUCCCAGGACCUAGAACCCCUCACCAUCUUGUAUUACAUUGGCAAAACGCCCAAAAUUGAACAGCUUUCUAACAUGAUUGUAAAGUCCUGCAAGUGCAGCUAGACAAGAUUCCAGGACAGUACGGUGUGUGCAUUUUUGGUUUUCCCUGAAAAAAGGAGGAAUCAACGUAAAU